AUGCUUGCGUCGACAGUUGCUCCUUUUCCGUUGAAUAACAAUCGUACAUUAUUUCGAUUCUACCAUUCAGAACACUCAGAUCGCCGCAUUGGUCCAGGCAAUCCAGCGUACGUUAAUCGGUAUACAUUUCGUUUGAAAGGAUUCAUUCUUGGUUGUUUAAUCAUUUUCUUUGCUGCUGCUCUUUUUUCAAUUGAACUUGGUCGCGUUUAUACCGGUUCGAUUAAUCGUGGACAGAAUGAUUCCAAUACUUCGUUUCAAUAUUUGAUCAAUCCCGAUCUCAUCAUUGGCUUUAAUGCACGUCUCACAAACAAUCGAUUGGAAAAUCGAUGGGUAUGGCCAUGGUCAACAGCUACAUUACUAUUUAGUUUGAUUCUGUUCACAACCGGUGCAUUGGGUAUAUACAGUGGUGUUCGACAGAGCUAUUCGACUAUUUUGAUUUUCUUUAUCGGCUUGAUCUUAUCGAUAUGUUUAAUGGUAUUUUUAAUCAUUACUUAUGCAACGAUAUUAGCUGGUUGGAAAGAACUUUACGGAACAAGUCAAGACACGAUUUCGUGUGUAUUAACUCUUCUUUUGUUCAUAAGUCUGAUUAUAUCUGGUACAAAGAUUCGAGUGUGUACCGAAAAGUAUUAUCCUACACCCAUUCGCGGCUAUCAACGUUUACCGACUAUGCUUACUCCCCAGCCUCGUCGUGCACGACCACGGCAUGGAUCACCAGCAUCUCGUCGAGCACCACACGGAUCACCAGCAUCUCGCCGAGCACCAUCAGCGGCUCGUUGA